AUGAUGCAGCAAAAGUGUCCCACCGUACCGAGCGUGUUCGCCGGGGCGGAUGUGUUCAUUACGGGCGGUUCGGGCUUUAUGGGUAAAGUGCUCAUCGAGAAGUUGCUCCGCUCGUGUCCGCAGAUUGCGCGCGUGUUUGUGCUGAUGCGCGCCAAACGGGGCAAAGCGCUCGACGAACGUCUCAAGACGAUCACGGACGGGGUGCUGUUCGAUGUGCUGAAGGGCAGCAAUCCGGCCGCGCUGAACAAAAUACACCCGAUCGAGGGGGACUGCACGCAGCUGCGGUUGGGCAUGAGCGCGGCCAGCGUGGAGCGCAUGCGGGAGGUACAGUUUGUGUUUCACGCUGCCGCCAGCGUGCGCUUCGAUGAUCCGCUGAAGGAUGCCAUCCUGAUCAAUACGCGCAGCACGCGGGAGGUGUUGGAGUGGGCGAAAACGCUGCCCAAGCUGCGGGCCGUCGUGCACAUCUCCACCACGUACUGCAAUCCGGAGCUGAUGCGCGUGGAGGAGAAGAUCUACCCGCCGAAGAUGGACUGGCGGGAAGCGAUCCGGAUGGCGGAAUCGUUCGACACCGCCAUGCUGGAGACGGUAAAGGAGAAACUGACACAAUUCGCCCCGAACACGUACACCUACACGAAGGGGCUGGCGGAACAGAUUUGCCACGAGUACCGUAACGAUGUGCCGCUGGUCGUGUUCCGGCCGUCCAUCGUCACCAACUCGGAAAGUGAACCGCUCGUCGGCUGGGUGGACAACUUCAACGGUCCGAUCGGGUUGCUGCUCGGCUGUGCCUCCGGUGUGGUGCGGGCCGGGCUGCUCGAUCUCGAGAAGCGCAUCAACUGCAUCCCGGUGGACGUGAGCAUCAAGGCCAUUAUUGUGGCCGCGUGGAAGCGGGCCACGCUGGACGCGCCGGGCACGCUGUCCGUGUACAACAGCGCGGCAGAGCCGGAGAAAACGAUCAACUACGGGACGAUGCUGUACGAUGGCAAGAUGCUGUUCGAGCGUACACCGUUGGGCAACAUGUUGUGGGCCCCCGGUGGUACCACCACCUCCAACAAGUACCUCUUCUACCUGCUGUUUUUCUGCUGUCAGCUGCUGCCGGCCCUGCUGGUCGAUGCGCUGUUACGCGUUGCCGGCCGAGCGCCAUUUUUGCUGAAGCUGAAUCGCAAAAUUUUCGACGCCCAAGUUUCGCUCAGGUACUUCAUGAACAACGAAUGGGUGUUUGCCAACGAUAACUUCAAGCAGCUCGAGCACACGUUGCUGAAGGACGAUCGGAAAGACUUUUCGACCAACUUCUUCCUGUGCGGCAUGAUGGAGUACUACGCGCGGGCCAUUCUGGGCGGCCGGCGCUAUCUGCUGAAGGAACCGGACGAAAACAUUGCUGACGCGCUGAAAAAGUAUCGCCGCCUGCGGGUGUUAAACUUUGCGCUCAAAGGCACAAUGGUGUGCCUGAUUGCGUACUGCAUCUACAGCAGGUACCUGGCGUAG